AUGCGGUUGAUCUUUUUGUCGUUACUUUUCGUCAACUCCAUCACAUCACAAUGGUGGGCCGAGUCAAAACUGAUCAUCGAGUCGACCACAGCGACUGAAAAGGAAUUGCCGACAAUCACCUCAACCGUCGAGUCGAGUAAAACAAACUUAGCGACGAUCCUCGCCACUCCGAAGCCCGUUGAGCUAAAGACGGAGAUGCCCAAUGAAUCCUCGACAAAUCCAUCAACCACUGAGAAAACGUUAAAAAAAGUUGAGCAAAAAGUGACUGAAAUGAGCACAAAUCCCACGGAAAGCACUUUAAGCCCCAUUCAACCAUCAACUACAGCCAAAAUUCGCGCUGAGAUUCGGGAAAAGACAACAAUUGAAGAGAAAGAAACGACUGACGCUUCUACGACAAAAGAGAAAAAAGAGGAGACAACGGUUCUCAUCACAGAGGAGACUACAAAGGCCUUACCCCUGUCAUCCUCAACACCAACAAGCACCACCGAAAGCGCAUCAACAACCGAGAAAGAGAUUCUUCGACAGAAAGUGAUCACUCGCAAAGAAUCGUCAACCACAUCCGAGCCUUUAUCAACUGUAAUCCCAACGUUGAUUCCACAAUUCAAAUCAACUCAGCCACCAGUUGACUCUACGACCGUUGAGGUAUUCUCGAAAAUGUUGAAACCGGAUUUGGCAACAAUUUACCGACGUCUCUUCAAUUUGAAACCUUUCGGUCAGCCCAGUCAAAAC